CUGAUUAGUCUUGAGUGAUGUAAUUAUUUUGAGUUGCAGAGUGUUAGUACUGGAGCUGAAGAGAAGAAAUUUGCAAAACACAAAUCUGGUCAUUUGUUCUUCAAUUGACCCUGCUUCAUAUUGACUUCUUGGGACUAAAGGAGAUUGUUUAGCCUGUAACUCAGAGGCAUUGCUUUAUGAUGAGUCACUGAGACUUCUGUGUGUAUGGCAGCAGCAGUCCAGAAUGGUGAAGAAAUGCAGGACCCCAUGGAUGAAUAUUCCACACCAGCCGUGAUGGGCCAGGCAGCAGUGAGUUCAGGACAGUGCUCAAACAAUCCAGAAGCCAUUAAAGACAUCCUGAUCUCUGUGCUGGAAACCUUUGAUGGCUUCAGUCCACUUUCUACAGAGAACUAUACGGCGAAUGCAAGGCUUUCUUCAUUGACUGUGUUCCAAGAUAGAGAUGCAGAGAAGAUUUGGGACAGUCACAGUGAAGAUAAUGAUCAGCAGCAAGGUGUUGGGAUUCCGAUGACAGCCUCCAAAGAUGGUUCAUGCAGCAGCAACUUAUCGCUGUCUCUCUCACCUGAAAAGUCCUCUAGCCUAGUAUUUAAUCCCUUCAGUAAACUUUUCUCCUCUGUAGCUUCCAGGUGCAUGAGUGUCACUGGGGUGUCACCUGUGCUGUCUAAGGUCAAUUCACCAUAUUAUGAACGCUCUCAAUCUGAUCCAAUCAUCCAUUCAGAGAAAGCACGGUGUUGCCUGAAUAACAGACCAGAAACUAUUGUGUAUACAAGUUAUCUCUCCAAUCCUAGUUUCAGUGCAAGCAGGGCUCAGGAAAGGGAGAACACACACCUUGUUGUUGCUGAUAUGGUAAUCGCUGCACUAGAGAACGUGAAAAGCAAUAUGUAUGAAGAAGCAGAGCUUGUGGAAGAUAGCCUGACCAUUAUCCACACACCAGUAGAUGACAUGGGCACUUUUAUUAAAAAGGAGGCACAUUCUGACUCCGUGAACUCUGUUGAUAGUGGUUAUGAAUGUGGCUCUACAACCCAGUUGGAUGAUUCCUCUGAUGUUGGCUCCAAAUUCCUAUGUGAAGACAGACAAAAUGGUGAUGAUGCUGCUGUUGGUGGUGCUGGUGACGAUGAUGAUUAUGAUGAUUUUGUGAUAAUAGAAUUUGAUGACCUGGUUUUUGGUUCUGAUGGCCCCUUAAAGUCGAUAGAAAGACACUGUUUAUCUGCUGAAUAUUUGGCUCGCCGACUAUUUAAAUCGUUCAGGACAAUAUGGUUGCCCCCGGAGACUGAAGUACAUCACCUUGACAUGGUGGAGAAGGUGCUGGAUAAAUUUCUCCCACUGAAGGACACUUUGCCUGGUGCUGAAGAAUCAGUGGAUCUGACAGCAGACUUCAAAUUAAACUCCCGAUUGAGGGGAACUACAGACUGGGCCCCACCUCGCUUUCAAAUUCUCUUCUUCAUUCAUGCACCACAGAGGAGAGAAAUGGUUAUAGCUGCUCAGAAUUCAAUGUGUGCUGGUUGUGGAACUCCAAUCGAACAGAAAUACAUCAAAAAGCUCCGUUACUGUGAGUACUUGGGGAAGUACUUCUGUGAAUGCUGUCACCACAAUGAGGAAUCUCCAAUUCCUGGUCGAAUCCUAAUGAAGUGGGAUUUCAGCAAGCAACCUGUCUGCCAUUUCUCCAAACAGCUGUUGGAAAGUAUAUGGCACGAUCCACUAUUCAAUAUAUUCUACAUCAACAAGUCCCUUUACAACAAAGUAAAAGAACUGAGAAAGGCCAAGGAAAUUCAAGAACAGUUGAUUCAGAUCAAAAAGCUGCUAAGAACCUGCAGAUUGGCUGAAAGAGCAAUGGUUGAGUUCUGGCAGAUAUGUUCCCAUCUGACUGAGGAGCUGCACCUUUACUCACUCAAUGAUCUGAUGAUGGUGAAACGAGGCCUGCUGGUUCCAGGCCUGAAAGAUAUCCUGAAGAAUGUCCUUGCACACGUGGAAAGUUGUGAGUUGUGUCUGGCCAAGGGUUUCAUCUGUGAAUUUUGCAAGAGUAGAGAUAUUCUCUUCCCCUUUCAGACUGACCAAUGCAAACGAUGUUGUGUAUGCAAAGCGUGCUUUCAUAAAGAGUGCUUCAAAACUGAACAGUGUCCAAAGUGUGCACGGAUUCGGGCACGGAAGGAACUACUCUUGGCUUUCCAGCAGUCAACAGAUUAAGCAACAUGCCAGAUGUCGAGGUGGAAAUCCACUUGGGAUGAGCAGAUUUCAGUUUUAAAAAGCACAAAUGUGAUGCCAGUUUCCAUUUUUAAAGUCAAACAAAGUAAUGACGUCUGGCACGUCACUAGUUUGUUUUUUCGAAAUGUCUAUGAAUAAAUGCAAAAUUUCUUAGGUACUUUAGCUUCACAUAGUGACAUCAUGGUAACCAUACCCUAUAUUACAAGUAUUUAGUUUUUCAGUACUAGGGGAAGCUUAUUUUGUUAUCAACUGAAAAUGAAAAUUAGAUUAAAUUAACAUGAACCAUAAAGAUAUUUCCAGAAGUCUAAGGAAUUUACCCUUCUAAUUUUUUUGUAAAGUUAGCGCUUAAGAUAAGGUUUUAUUUUUUUUACUUUGUGUAGAAGCUUUAGAACCUUCAUUUAAAAGAAAAAAAAAUUGGAUGUUACAAUGUUAGGAGAGCAUUUCAAACAUUGUUGUGAAGCAGAAGUAUUUAUUUAAAUUCCAGUUUAGGUAUUCUGCUCUCCUUUUCCAAGCAGGUAAUUUUUUCAGUGGGGGAGAAAAAGAUAAAAAUUGCCCAAAGAAAAGCACUGGAAAGGUAAAAAGCCACCAUUGUCCUUCCCAACAAAAAAAAUUUAUCUAAAUUCAAAACGUAAAAUAUCAGCCAGUUAUCACUACUCAGGUGUCCUUAAUUAUUCGAUGCUUAAAAUGUUGCUAACAUGGCUGGUUCUCCUACUGUAUUAAUCUUGUUCUUAUGGACCUCCAUACUGGGGGGAAUGUCAGGGUUAAGAGCCAAAAGUUCCUUUUGGCACCAGUUAACACCAUUGGUGUCAUUAGAGCACUUGCAUUCUUCUGCACUGAAAUUUAAAAGGGUUUGUAUAGAGUCUCUCCGUUGCUCAACUGUUGCUUCAACUUGUGUAAUUGAGAUAUGUUUGAAAUAUAAGGUGUUCUUUUUCUCAAAUCUUAAUUUAUUUUCUAAAUAUUUAUGGAAAUAUGAAAGUUGAAAUGUACUUUCAUCCCUCCCCUCGCCUUGAAACUGAUCAUGUGCUCCAAAAGGCACACUAUCCUUUUGAAAGUUUACACUAGUCAAGUUUGCAUUCAAUUUGGAUUGGAUAUGCUGAUUUCCUGUUUAGGCUAUAGAAAAACUGAAAGAACUGUAGUUUCAAACCUUGGACCUGUAAAUGUGUAUAGGAUUCUUGUUUAUGUGGAAAAAUGUAAACUCAAACUUUUAAAGAUAUUGAAAUGUAUUUUAAGGAAACAAUAUGAAAACCAUGUGUAAAUGUAAAAUGCAGCAUAACUGCAUUUUGUAAGACCAUAUGUUCUUAUUGUCCACUUCUUUAAAAAAAAAAUUCUUUUGCAGACACAUUAAAAUCAGAACUAAUGCUGUUAACAAUACCUUGGGCUUGACUGAAGCAUUGGGUCUGUAUUUCUUGAAGUUAAAGGGCAAUAGCCUUACCAAAAAAAUUUACCAACCAUUUCUAUUGGAAGGUGGGGAUUCUUUUUGAAAGAGAAUGUUACUUUGGGGAAAUUUCAAUGCAAAAAAAAACUUUGUCACUCUGAAAUAGGACUGUUUGUGCUUUUAAACAAAGUAACCUUGAAAUUCUGUUUUGUGAAUUUUAACUGCAAAUAUUUAUGAAAUUGCUUUAUCCCACCAUUUUAAUGGGGACAUUGAGUUGUUUAAAAUGGGUUGGUUCCCCAUUUUAAAAAGGCAGAAUAGAGGAAUUUUAUUUGAGCAUAUUAAAUAUUUGUAAACUAAUAUUUCCACAGCAUGAUUUCAAGGUUUUUUUUAGACAAUGGUUUGGUAGAUCAGUGCUUCAUGCAAAAAUAUUUGCCAUUGUCACCCCCAUACUUCUAUCUGCUGUUGACUGACUCUGGUCUCAUCUUUACCAGAGUUCAAUAUGAUGGCCUCAGUACCACAUAGUGCAGUUAAGGAAAAAUAUGAAUUAUGCUGUGAUUACUUUAUCUCUGUACUCUUUCCCUCCAUUUGCAAAUUAGUUUUGUCCAAUAAGAUGAAUGCAAUGAUUGGACUGCGUUUCAUUACAUUUGAGUUCUGUAUACAUUUCCCUUAGACGUGGGUCACAUUUUGAUGUGCAUGACUUCUUUUGAAGCAUUACCUAAUUUUGCAACAAUUUUUAAUUUACAGAACUCAAUGACCAUUUUUGGAAACUGAUCUUCUCCAUAACCAUUUUUGAAACUUCUUCCCCAUAGUCAAAUCCAAAUAGUAGACAAUUUGACACCAGCACAUAUGGUAUCUGUGUGAGACUAUUUCCCAAAUGAAUAACUGGGGGAAGGGCCAAAGCAGAUGCAAAAGAUAGAUUUUACCACCAGUAAAGCUAGUGGCCAGUUUUAUAUCUGCCUUAUUUUCUUGGUGUGAAAUGAAUUCUUCAGGUGGCCUCCAUAAUUGGUAUGAAUCCAACUAUCAUUUCAGCCAAUAUAUCAUGUUAUCAAAAUGAAGACUUGUAAAACAAUUUCCUUGCAUACAGCAGCCCUUUAAAAUGUCUUUUUAUCAGGGCAGGAAGUAUUUCCUCUUCACUUGAGCUAUGUGCAAGCACCUUCCACGUGGGUAUUCUUGCCACAAAAGGUCAUUUUGGAUGUGAUCUGGUCUGUUCUUGGCUGUUCUAGUGAGUAAAGAUUGGAAUCUUUCAGUCCUGAAUGCUGUUUACAGUGCAAAAUGGAAGCCCGUAAUAAACUUUUUUUCUUUGCAAAUGGCAAUCCUGUACUGGGACCAGCAUUCAAGAGUUAGGAAAACUUGCUAGAACAGCAAUUGUCUGUGGAUUGAAGAACAAGUAUAGAAUCUUGCAAAACCAAGGUAGGAGACCUAAAUGUGGCAGCAGUGUGAAAUACUCUGAAAAGAAAAAUACUGCAACUUUACCCUCCAUUGAGUGAUAUUUGACUAUGGUGCUGGCUGCACUACAUUGACAGCACUGUGCCAUCUAUUUUGCUUGAUGCCAUAAAGAUGUCUUAUUUUCUGUCUUUGUUUUAUGUGCCAUUUCUUUUGUUGGGAGAGCAACUGGAGGAGUAGUAGUGAUAAAUAACACUUGGAAUUGAAGACACCAAUCCAUAUUCUCCCAUUCUCAAACUGAAAAACAAAACAUGAUCAAGUUCCUACUUUUGGGUUUGUUGACAAACUUAAUAUUCAGAGCAAAUGUUUUGGUUGGGUUAGUUUCCAUGAUGAUACAGGGAUAAAUGUGCAUGUGGUAGUGCUGAGCCAUUGCAACCAUCUUGGGAGGAAGUGUGAAACAUUGUGAGGGGGGAGGGGUGAAGAGGGAAGGGGAAAACUUUUCCUGCUGGAAGCUUACAAUAAUGCAUAGAACUACUUUAUUAAACGAUCCUUGGAUGCCUUGCAUGGGAGUUGGGAGAAUGUUUAAAGGCACAUAGUACAAUACUCAGCCAAACAAACCAAUGUUUCAGAAUAAGCUUGCUGCUGCUUCAGAAGAACAAUGAAAAGAUCACUAAAAAUGGGCCUGGACUCGAGAUUCCAAGUCAUUACCUAGUGACCUAUUUUUUAAAAAAUGACUCUGGAUAUAAAGUGAGGAUAGAUUGGUCAUAACUGUGCUAAGCCCUUCCCAAUGUGGUUGAAUUGCUGCCCAGAGUUGCACAUUAUACUUUGGCCCCGGCAGUAAUCUGUAGAACUGUGUGCCAAUUUGAAUCCCUAUCGUCAGGAAGAGGAAAUAUUUAUGGAGAUUUGCAUCACGUAAUAAGAUGUAUUAACAUUUUUAGUUCGGUGGAGGGAGGGGGGGUGGAGGAGGAAAGAAUAUUUUACAAUGAAUGUUCCCAAGAUUAAUAUUACUCUAAGCUAUCUUUGGAACAAAAUAAAAUGCAAUUUUUAAAAUCGCAGUUUAUUGUAUAUUGUGAACAAGCUCCUUUUUUAUUCUACAUUGAGGCCCUGGUAUUUAUGUGCUUGAAGAAAGUGACGUGAUUUUGGGCACAACUAUUUUUGAGUAUAAUCUUCUUGCACUUGUAUUUUCAAAUUCAUUGAACAAAUGUGUUUUUUCCCCUGUGUAUGAGCGGUACAAUAAAAUGAGGCUUUG